AUGCUGGCCCACUGCGCCCCCUGCUGGGAGGCAGACGCUCUGAGAGGAGAACGACCCGUCCAUGCCAUGGAUGCGGUGAGUGCCGGCGUCAGUCCCAUUGGAGACACGACGUACAACUCCAGUUACUGGGACCUGGGCAGCGCCUUCUUCUUCGCUGGGACGAUCAUCACAACCAUCGGUUAUGGAAACAUAGCUCCGAGCACGCAGGGCGGGAAAAUCUUUUGCAUCCUUUAUGCCAUAUUUGGCAUCCCUCUCUUUGGCUUCUUGUUGGCGGGGAUCGGUGACCAGCUGGGCACCAUCUUCGUGAAAAGCAUCUUGAGGGUUGAGAAGAUAUUCAAGCAAAAACACAAACAGAUCAGCCAGACUAAGAUCAGAGUGACGUCCACCAUCCUGUUCAUCCUGGCCGGCUGCAUUGUUUUUGUCACCAUCCCUGCUGUCAUCUUCAAACACAUCGAGGGCUGGACCGCUCUGGAGGCCAUCUACUUUGUGGUGAUAACACUCACCACAGUGGGCAUAGGAGACUAUGUGGCAGGUGGGAACACUCUGAUCCCCUACAUGAGCUGGUACAAGCCUCUGGUGUGGUUCUGGAUCCUGGUGGGGUUGGCCUACUUUGCGGCCGUCCUCAGCAUGAUUGGAGACUGGCUUCGAGUCCUGUCUAAAAAGACCAAAGAAGAGGUGAAGGUCGGGGAGAUUAAAGCUCAUGCGGCUGAAUGGAAGGCCAAUGUUCGAGCAGAGUUCCGUGAAACACGGCGCCGCCUGAGUGUUGAGAUCCACGACAAGCUCCAGCGAGCCGCCACCAUCCGCAGCAUGGAGCGCCGGCAGCUGGGCCUGGAGCAGAGAGCCCACUCCCUGGACAUGCUGUCUCCAGAGAAGCGGGCCUUGUUCGCCAGCCUGGACGCCGGCCGCUUCAAGACCUCCUCCCAGGAGAGUAUCGACACCAAGCUCAACAACCUGAGGCUAAAGGGGGCCUGCGAGCCGUACGACCACCAAGGGGCCGAGCCGACGCCACAGACGGCCUCUUCCUCUGAGGAGAAUCUCUUCAACCUGCGCUGUGGAUCCCUCGCCAAGCUGGCCAGGCGCAACAAGAGCCGCGAGCUGCGGAGGAACUUUAAUGAAGACGUGCGCCGGGCGAGCGUAUGUGUGAACAAUGGCAGUGCCAUGCUGGGCGAGGAGAGGACGCCAGAAGAAGAAGACGGAGAGCCAGACGAGGAAAACCGAGAGCGAAAAGAGAGAAACAGCAGUCUGACCAACCUGUUGCAGAACGCCAUGUUGAAUAAGUUCACACCGGUGACGGCCAAAGAUAGCGAGCCGCUCGGCAUCGAAUGGAAGAGCGCUUUAGAGACGGAGCGAGAAGCCGAGUGA